GCUCGAUAGAUCACUAAAAAAAUAUUGAUUUAUAAUAUUAUAACUUACAGCCAUAGACUAACGCGUGUAAUGUAUGUGUGUGUGUGUAUGUGUGUGUGUGUGUUUUGUCUCCCAUCUCUUCAUUUCUUGAUUUAUUAAUGUUGAGCCAACACAUGAACAGCUCAAAUGGCCUGCAUCCAAAACGCAAUCUUUAUUGUGCUGGCGGUGUUUGCCGAGCUACUUCCGGCUUUAAGUAAGUGUUACUUUUCAUGAAAUGGAAUUACGUUCAUUGGUUUUUGUUGAAAAAAAAAAUUUGUUGUAAACCUAAACACAUAUGUUCAGUUCAAACGAUUGAAUUUUCGUUUAAUUUGCUUCAAAUUUGAUUAAAAUUUGCGUCAAUUUUUUUUUUAACGCACCAUCUCAUUUUAAAAUAUAGUUUGUUCAAAAAGAAAUUUGACGAAAAUUUGACGAAAAUUUUAAGUAAAUUUGCGAAUAUUUGAUCGCGUGAACUGUAAAAUAGGGGCAAAAAUGACAUUUUUGGUCUUGAAAGAUUGCUUGAAAUUAUUAAUUUUGUAUAGACUUUAAUUUCGUUUGGCUCUAGAACGAUGGGUACACAUAUUUACAUAUUACCUUAGAAACAGGUUUUCGCCAAAAUUUCACUAGAAUAAAAGCAUCUAUACGGUUAAGGAGAGGACGAAAUCUAAGCUCGGUGGUGAGAUUUAAAAAAAAAAAUCAUAUGUAUUCGCGCAUUGACAAAUAAUUACCAAACCACCAACUGUUCAUCAUUACACGCAUCUCUUACAUGAAGAAAAAGGAGAAAACUAGCAAAAAUUUAUUUCAAUACAAAUUUCUUGGUCUGCCUGUUCGUGUCCACAGACACUGACGACCUGUGUGGGAAUGUCGUAUGUGAAAAUGGUGGAUACUGCCGGUCACAGAAAAAAAAUAAACCUUUCUGUCAUUGUCCUCCUAAGUUUUACGGAGCAAGAUGUCAACGUAGGUAAAUCUUAAAUUCAUUUUAUACAAAUCAAUUUUUUUUUUUAUAAUCUUGACACCUCGAUUGAUUAUACGAAUAUACGCAUCUAACUUACCCAAAGUCUAAAAAUCAAUGUAUCUAUGCGGACAGUAGAUUGAAAGCAAAAGAGACAUUUUAAAAAAAAAUUGUUAGAUUAUAUUUAGGAUAUUUUCGAUGGCGUAAAAACCUCCCAUUUUUACAGUCUUUUACAAAAGACGUCUAAAAAAAAAAACAAAAAAAAAAACAAUUUGAUGUUAACAUGGUGCUUAGCAUGAUGGGUCUUUUGGGCUUUGUUUCACGACUAUUUUGGGACUUUGAAUGUAUAAUUUAUGUGUCUAAAUUACCCAUAAGUUACUGUCAGGCUGAAAUCAACAGACAAACGACUUUCGUCGUACAUCGUUUCCUCCAGCACUCUAUUAACAUUUUGUUUCCGGAAUCGUCUUCUUUGUUCUAGAUCGACGCAAUCCUUGCGUGGACUUCAAGUGUCACAAUGGGGGCUCGUGUCUAGUGGAUGAGAGCGAUCGAGCACCUUACUGUCGUUGUCUUCCGAGCUACUACGGAGACAACUGUCAAUGCAAGUAUCCUACCAUUGUCUUAAAUUCGCUGAGUGGAACAGUAAAAACCUGUAAAAUAAUUUACUGUUUUUGUGUUGUUGAAUUUUAAGCUGUUUAAGUUCUUUUUUUUUUAAGUUCUAUUUAUUUGUUGGUCUAUAAAAUGUUGUAAAACGGUGUAUACAGAAAAAAAAAAAAACACUAAAUUUGUGUGACUGAUUUCUUAAGCGUUACAACAUCUACCCCAUUCCGUUUUGGAACAGUAAAAACCUGUAAAAUAAUUUACUUUUUUUGUUUUGUUGAAUUUUAAGCUGUUUAAGUUUUUUUUUUUUUAAGUUCUAUUUAUUUGUUGGUCUAUAAAAUGUUGUAAAACGGUGUAUACAGAAAAAAAAAAAAACACUAUAUUUGUGUGACUGAUUUCUUAAGCGUUACAACGUCUACCCCCAUAUAGAUUACGUAGAUGCUCAUCCAUAUCAAACUGAUGAAUUUAAACAAAGUAUAACAGUUUGUUAAAAUGGUUUAUUAAAAUUCGCGUCGGGUUGCUGUGUGGCCGGAUGGUCUAAACUGAGUCCAUCCAACGGAUUCAAUCCCCAGCAAAUCCAAAAGCACCACCAGCACCCGGGUGGAUGAGACUUGUUGAUAGCAGCUUUGGAUGGCAACUUAUCUAAAGAGAAGGCAAACUGUGAAAUCGAAACCCGGAGAUGGAGUCUCGUAGCCGGUAUGACAUAGACACGAUGAAAAUCCCGACAAAUCUUGCGAAACCCUUGCGACGUGGAACGCGUAAAAAGCACAAUGAAACGCACAAGACACUCUGCUGGUCAUCUUCUGCAUCCUGAUCCUUUCCCAGUUGUCUUGACUAAGUCUUGCCAUUGAAUCAAAUAGCCGAGGAAGAGAAAGUGAGGCUUACGAGUUGAGCAUCUCUCCCUCACUUUAAACAAAAUACAACUCAAGUCAAGGCUACUAAUAACGUCACAUUGGCGAGCGCGAGCGUGAUUGGUAAACAUUUAUUUUUUUAAAAAGAUUGAUAACGUUUAUAAUACAUCGCCCAGACAUGCUGCACCUCCUGCUGGAUUUGUACGGAACAUGGGUUUAAAAAAACAACAAUUAAUUAUACUUUGCUCUAAAGAGAGCACACGUUAACCAUAUAAUAUACGUAACCAUUGUGACUCCUUAAACUUUUGAAGCUAAAGACGUAGCACUGGGCUACAACCAGGUGACUUUUGAAACAGCACAGUCUUAUAAGUAGUGGAUUUUUUAAAUAUUUUUUUAAAAAGAAUACUUUUUGAAGAAAGCCCUUACUUAUAACAAAUCAGCCACUGCAUAUAUCGUAUUUUAAAUAAUGUGUACAGCUAACGAUGAAAUCAUUCAACAGUUAUUCUGACCGACCCGUGCAAGGAUUACUGUCUCAACGGAGGGCGCUGUCUAGUUUAUAAAGGACACCCCUUCUGUAAAUGUCGCAGCCAGUAUUACGGUGAGCGCUGUCAGACGAAGAUUGACAAUGUCGACGUCGUCAUUGACCACCCUGGACAGUGCCCGGCAUUUUCGGUGAGUAGCAGCCAGACAUGGGGAGGAGUUCUAUAAAUAUUAUCUUUCUUAGUUUCUAUAUUCCUACAACCACACACACACACACACAUUUGUUGAUAUAUAUAUAUAUAUAAAUACAAGAAAAAGCCAGUAAAACAAUGGCGGUUGCAAUGUAUUAACUUACCAUCUUCUUUAGUUGUUUGACAAAAAAUUAAUUCAAAGUAACGCAAUUUAUAGGAAUCACAGUGAGUGCUAACUUCUGAGAAUUUUAUUUUAGCGCGUCUCAACAACGUUACGGCCAUUAUAAAAUAUAUACCCAGAGAAUUUUUAAUUGUCAUAAGUUUUGAACAUAAGACAAUAAAGGAUAAACUAUUUAAAGGGCUUGCAAUUAAGAAUUAGAAUAAAAUCAUUAUGAACACAUGUAUGUAGGGAUAAAACAUCACUCCCAACAUGUUUCACAUCUAUAUUACGUUCUAUUAUUAUUAUUAAUUAAAUAAGAAUAUAUGAAAAAUAAUAUAUUAUUUAAAACAAAAAAAAAACUUCUAUACCUAUAUGGAUUAAGGUAAAAAAAAAAAAUUGAAUAAACAUUGAAUACACACCAACUUAAAAGAUUAAAAUUUGACAGCCCCCGAUUUUACACAGCAGAUUUAUUUCAACAACUAUUUCCAGAAAAAAAAAACGAAACAAACGUACUUGAGAUAUUUUUUUAAAAGAAUCUCAAUUAGCGCAGUUAUAGGGAAUUUUCUUUUUUUUUUUUUUUUUUUUUUUUUUUUUUUUUUUGUAUCUCCUUCAUUUUCCCCUUCAAAUACAGGAAAAACUAAUUUUAGGGGGUUUGGAGGUGGGCGUAAAAAUUGGAUUUAAUGAGUUGACAUCGGUAACGAGUCUAUGCGCCAAUUUUCAUCUCGAUAGUAUGACGGAAAGUGAGUCAAUUAGCCGUUCGAAAGUUUAGCAACUCAGCCAGAACACAUUUAAAAAAAAAAAAGAACAAACUUAAUGUUUCUAAAUUAAUCACGAUGGGUCUCGGGUUUUAGUGAAGGAUUUCUCAUUUCUCAAACAAUUUUAGGUUUCGUCUUCUUUCCAUUUACACUACUCCAUACAAAAUUUUAUCACUAUGGUCAAAAUGUCAGUUAAAUUUAAUCUCUAUAAAACUUGAUUGCCCCACGUCUUCCAGCUCUUGUUCAGAGACUUGGAGAAGUGCUCAGGUCUGCACUGCGACAAUGACUGGGAGUGCUCAAUACAACAGAAAUGUUGUUUCACAUUUUGUGGAAAAAUGUGUUUGAAGACAGAUGUUAAAGGUGAUCAAAAUUUGUAACAAAAUUACAUGUACAUUAUUAUUGAUAGAAUUCCAAUAAAUUCAUCAUUUUUUUUGAAAAAAAUAAAUGUUGCAAAAAAUGACAACUAAAAAUAAUUUUAAAAAUAGAACAAAAAAAAAAGAAUUCAAAGUUAAAAAAUUGAAUUCUUUUAUUUUAACACGACUUGCGUUUAAAAAAAGAAAACAUCUUCUAUAUAAUUAGUAUACUUGUAGUGAUGCGAAGUGGCGCUAUUGUAUAGGACGAGGAACAUUGAAAGGCGAAAAAAAAAAAGAAAAAAAAAAAAAAAAAAAAAAUAAUUAUAUUUUAAAGGUAAGAGUUUAUCAGCGUCGUCAUUUAACUCCAUGCCUCGCUGGUGACCAAAACAUUCUAGCAAACAAUGUUACAUCUACAAUCUACACAUCUACCUACACGAUCAUACAUUUUAAAAUGAUUUUGUUUUGUUGAAUAAUAAUAGACUUCUUGAGUUCGGACAUUUGUUUUGUUAGCUCUCAGUUUUAAACUAUGAACAUCCCUUGUUUAGUUCAAAGUCUGAUAAAAUUUUUUUUUUUUUUUUGAAAGGGCACCAACCAUACCCUUGUGAACGCUACUGUAUCAACGGAGGUGUUUGCACUUCCGAGCAGGGUGUCGAAAUAUGCAAAUGUGCUGUAGGAUUUUAUGGUACCCGCUGUGAGAUUAGAAGAGAGACACGCCCAGGAGUGUGUCCACAUGUAAGCUCGGGUUUUUAACAUCAGUAUAUAUGGUGCAUAAGUAUCUGUAGAAUAAAUGUAUCUGUGGCACAUAGUUGUCUGUGGUAAAUAUGUAUAUGUGUGGUACAUAAGAAUAUGUGGUACAUAAGCAUAUGUGGUAUGUAAGUAUAUACAGUAUAUAAGUAUCUAUAGUACAUAAGUAUUUGUAGUAAAUAAGUAUUAUCUGUAUGCAGUUUUAUGUUAAACAUCUGUAACAUCUGCAUUACUCGUGAACUAAAUAAAGCAAAAUUUGUUGACUCUGCUACUUCAUAUUAUUAUUCCCUUUUUUUAACCUAAGCGCAUAUUUAGCUCAAAUAAGUCAAGGUACUUACUGACAUAAAAAUAGGAAUAUCCUAAUGUCACCAUGAGGAUUUAAAUAGUCCCACUAAAUAAAAUUUCCCAUGAUUGCUCCAAACCUCGUACACAUUUGAGUCUACUAGAGUUGAACAUUUAAACGCAUGGAGUAAAAGGAUUUCUUAAAAAACAAUUAAUUGUAAAUGAUUUUUAAUUUUUCUGGAAUCGAAUCAAUUUAAUUCCGAUAAAAUAAGUAUGCUAAUAUGUUCUAAGAUAUAAUCUAAGUAUUAUUUUUCUUAAACAAAACCAAACUACGUGCAAUAUUGUGUUCACUAUCCAUCUUUGAUUACAAGACCCGUUUCGAAUUUGGAUUCUAAAAAACAAUGGCAAUAAUCUUUGAAAUAUUUUAUGAUAAAAUAAUUGUUGCUUUUAUAAAUGUAAUUUUUUUAAAUGUAAAAGUAUUAUUAUCAUAAAUAAAAUAUACAAUUAAAAUUUUAAAAAAGCAUUAUUUUAAGUAAACAUCUGAAUGUAAGAUAGUGCAGUGCAUAGGAGGAGACUGACAUUCUUUCUAAUCAACUAUGUAUUAGUCUAAUUUAUUAUAGAGCGAGUGUCUUUUAAGCUUAAUCUGAUAGUGAGUCGUUUAACAUAUUCUGCACGUUUUUUUUUUUGUGAGUGGGGGGGGGGGGGUACAUGUUGAAAAGUUUUUUUUUUUCUGCAGCAAAUGCACCUUUUUUUUUUUAGCAAUAUCUUUAACCCCAACAUUUUAUUAACUAAAUUUUUUUAGGGGGGGGGGGGUACAUGUUGAAAAGUUUUUUUAUAUCUGCAGCAAAUGCACCUUUUUUGUUUUAGCAAUAUCUUUAACCCCAACAUUUUAUUAACUAAAUAUUUUUGUAUAUAUAUAUAUAUAAUGUAACGUAAAGCAAUACCUAUGUACCUUUUUAUUUUUGUUUUCACAUUUUAAGGGUGAAGACAAUGAAGGGAAGGGGCUCAUAUUAUCUAUGUACUAUAAUCAAUAAUUGCGACCCGAUUAUGUUAUUGAUUUUAACUUCGGUGUGGAUUUUUUUUUUUUAAUUGCCAUACUCUUUAAAAAAAAAACAGACUAUUUUGUUUUUUAGAAAAUGAAGCACAUUGUACUAAAAAUGGAGUGGGACAUUGGAAUGCUAAUAAAGUUUAGAGGCGUGUAAAUAAUGUACCGAGGCAUACCGAUAGUUUCAACAUCCCUGGGCGCUUUUAUUGAUGUUUUUUAAAAACGUUAUAAAAUAUUAGGGUGUGUGGUGGAGAGGGACUGCGAUCGUUUGACUUUGCCACAGGCAGCACAAGAAACGCAACAACACCGCGUGGGCGUAUUUUAUAGCUAAAACAAUAUGUCAAAUUCCACAUAUGCUAAAUACCAGAAAUUGAUAUAAAGUUUUUUCAAAAAAUUAAAUCAUAUAUUUAUCCUCCUUCUGCAAACACAUUUCAAGGGGCAGAAAAGACUGUGUGUACAUUUUAAUGUGUGGACGACUCUUUUUUUUUUUUUUUUUUGAAAUUCGAUGGUAAUGUAGUUGUGGAAAAUAAGUUUUAAAUUUAAAAGAAAAGUUAAAUAAGUAUGCGCUCGACCAAUGUCGACAAAUACAAUUGUAGAGUGUUGACUCAUUGUGGCAAGAUUUACGCAUUCCGCAAAAUUUAAUGAAGAUGGAAAGGGGGAAAUACUGGAUGAGAUUUUCUUUCAAACUAAGGCCAUCGAGAAUAACCCAUUUUUCUUCAAAAAAAAAAUGUAGUUCAGGGGCAAGGUUAAAGGAAGGACAGAUGCUAAUAAAGAUAACAAUUUGGUUAUAUUUAGUAACUUUAUUUUUAAACUUUUUGGAAUAUUCUUUUCCAGUUAAAAAAAAAAAAAAAAAAAAAAAAAAGACAUUUAUAUGUGGAUAAUCAUUUUUUAAAAAUUCAAAACAUUUUACAACAUUUCAUAACAACAAAUGUUAAAAUCUAAUCUUAAUAAAUAAAGUCAUUGCAUAAUCAUUUCCUGAAAAUAAGGCUCUGGGGUGUGAUAGGUUAUGAUUUUGUUUUAAAAUAAAAAAAAUAUAAAAAAUUGUUUUACUUCGAUAAUGUUUAUAUUAUUGAAAAAACACAAUCCAGUUACAGACAUGAACAUUGGCGUCAAGAUUUUUCUUGAUAGAUAUAAUAAUUCGAACUUGUACGAUUUUCCAAUGAUAUAUUUUAGGGGUGAGGCAAACGUUUUGAUACAUUUUUAAUGGAGAUACAAUUAUUAUAUCUAAAUAUCCUUAUAUUGUUAAAAUGAGUGUACCCUUUUUAAAUAUCUAUAAUAUUAAUUGACUUUUUUAAAAAGUUAAUAUAAGUUUGUUUUUUUUGUAGUUCAGGGUAGUGAAAAGUGUCUGAUAGCACUAUAAUAUUGUACAGCAGAUACCGAUUUCUCAAAAAAAAAAAAAAAAAAAAAAAAAAAAAAAAAAAAAAAAAAGAAAAAAAACUUAGUUUGUUUUAGACCCAUUAAACAUCUAUAAAUAGACAUUUUAAAAAUUAUAAGAUACAACCUCUCAAAACCUGGCUCGAUUAAACGCUUAAGAAAUCUAUUUGUAUACAUUGUGACUUCGCAAUAGCAGAUAGAACGUAGCGCUGUACGUCUUCCAUUUUCAUCCCGGCAACACCGGGUCAGAUCGUCUAGUUUAUUAAAUAUAUAUUUUGAUGAGUUUUUUUAUAUCUUUUUAAUGCUCUUAAAUAAUUAAAUAGCUGUAAAAAUAAGUGUCAUUAACUUUUUCUUUUGCUGGCUACGGAUACUACUUCUAAGCUAAGUGCUAUUCCUUAUCUUUAUUUUUAUACUGUUUUUCUCUGGUGUUUAGUUCGCUGACGAAGGCUUUCUGCCGACACGUUCGUUGUUUUGUUGCGUUCCUUUUUUUCAGGUUUAACCAUACUCUGUUUUAUUCAUUUUAUAUUGUCAUUAACUUAUACUGUCUAACACGGUAGAUUUUAACCCUGUCAUUAAAGCAAGCAUACACAUGAUUAUAUUGUAAAAUAGGGUUUUUAUACCAAAGUUAUUUCUAUGAAAAAAAAAUAAUGUAUUAAUAUUGGAGGGGAUAUAUUGGCAUGUCAUAUAAUAUGUUUUAUGCAGCAAUUUUAUUUUACUUUUUAAAAAAUCAUACUGUAAGGAUUCUAAAAAAAAUAUCUAAUUAAAUAUAAACUAAAAAUACAUAAAAACAGUAGUUGAUUCUUAAGUACCCACGCGUCGUAUGCCUUCUCCAGCCGACGCUUUUAUCGACCUGCAUGUGUGAAUGUGAGGCAGACGAGAUGUGUCCUGGCAACCAGAAGUGUUGCAAGACUGUGUGUGGAGGCCACGCCUGCUCUGCACCAGGUAGCCGACUGUUUUCUGUAUUCGUAUAAAAAAUAUACUAACAAAAAAAAAAAAAAAAAAAAAAAAAAAAAAAAAAAAAAAAAAAAAAAAAAAAAAAAAAAAAAGAAAACAAAAGUUUAAAUUUUAGAUUUCAUUUCAAUUUGUAUACAAGAAAGUGUUUGAUUUGUCCCUUACCUAACAAACUGUCAGCUCAUCUUCUUUGUUGAAUAGUACAGUUGUCUGAAUAGUUCAGUUGUCUAGAUAGUACAGUUGAAAGGUUAUCGUCUAUAAUUGUGAACAAGAAAUGUAUUAUUUUCCAGAUCAUCUUUUAAAGACUUAAUUUUUUUUUUUUUUUAACACCUUCAAACAAAGCUUUUCGUAAAAACCCUGUAUAAAAUGUAAAAUCGAGCAAUCGGGGUGGGGCUGAAAAUUAUUAAAAAAAAACAUAAAAAACAUUCAAGAAAAUCUAAAUCUUGUAGUAAUGACCAACCCAAUGCGACACGACAGAUUUAUUUAUACAACUAUUUUAGGGAAAAAAAAAAAAAAGAAAACGCACUUGCGAUAAUUUUUUAAUAAAGAAUCUCGUUUAGCGCAUUUAUCGGGAAUUUUAUCUCGUGAAAUCCGUGUCAUCAUAUUUAUUUCAUCGUUCCCUUGAAAAACACCGACAACAGUGGGAUGAUGAUGGCUAAGUGCUAAAUUUCAGCUCGAAAAUUUGACGGGAAGUGGGUCAGUAAGUCGUCCGAAGAUUUUUUCCACCCAGCCAGAACACUAGAACAAAAGCGAAGUUAAUAUAAAGGAUUUUUAAAAAAUUGAAGAAAAUUGAGCUUCACAUACCGCUGUGUAAAUGAAAUGAGUUGACUUUUGUAAUACGGUUCAAUCAUUUACUCUGCAUAUUUUGACACUUUCGUAAGAUGUUGAAACGUACACAUUUAAUUUCAGUGUUUAUUUCAUGUCUAUUUUAGCCCCUGCUAUUGAUUUGUUAGUUGAGGACCCCUGUGAUCGUGUCGCGUGCAGUGCUGACUCCAAGUGCCGUGUGGUCAGUCAGUCCUCCUGCAGCCAGCUUCAGGUCGAGUGCGUGAGUCCAACCAUCUUAGAUAAAGGUAAUUUUUUUUUUAAAAAAAAGGUAAAUUGGGGAAGAUUAACAUAUUAUGAACUUCAAACUUAUUUCUUGAACUUGAACCCCCCUCCCCAAAUUUAAAAAAAACCCUAGUUUUUGUCUGUAAGCGCCGAGUAGUACGUCAGGCAGCAAAUCUCAUGUCGAGUGCGUGCAUAUGAUAAUCUUACAAAAAUAUAACCGGCCCCGGGGGGGGGGGGGGGGGGGGUGAUGAACAGAUUACUUUCUUCAAACCUAUUUCAUGAACAGGGGGAAAAAAGGCCACCAGUGGUUCUAUGAAGGUAUUUACCAUAUAAAAUCAUGUCUAUAAAGUUUACGUUAAUUUUAAUUUUUCAACUGACGCCCUGUUUUGCUGAUCUAUCGUCAACGAUUGCAUUCCUUUUGAAAACAGUAUUUGUCUUCCUUAUGCAGUUUGGGCGAUAAAUAACAUUUUUCAACUGGGCGACUUCUGAUUUUAAUUCCGAUAUUCAAAUGUUUAAAUAAAUGCUAAGAUGCCAGUAACAGAUCGACACAAACAAAGCUUAUAGGCUUAGUUUGUUGGAAUAGAUAUUAAAUCAAGGACUUUUUAACAAUGCAUAUUUGUCAAAUGGAAUAGAUUAAAUCAAGGACUUUAACAAUGCAUACUUUUCGAAUUGAAUAGAUUAAUUCAAGGACUUUUUAACAAUGCAUACUUGUCGAAUUGAAUAGAUUAAAUCAAGGACUUUUUAACAAUGCAUAUUUAUCGAAUGGAAUAGAUUAAAUCAAGGACUUUUUAACAAUGCAUAUUUAUCGAAUUGAAUAGAUUAAAUCAAGGACUUUAACAAUGCAUACUUUUUGAAUUGAAUAGAUUAAUUCAAGGACUUUUUAACAAUGCAUACUUGUCGAAUUGAAUAGAUUAAAUCAAGGACUUUUUAACAAUGCAUACUUGUCGAAUUGAAUAGAUUAAAUCAAGGACUUUUUAACAAUGCAUACUUGUCGAAUUGAAUAGAUUAAAUCAGGCCUGCAGAACGCAAAUUGUAAGGCGGGUCGUAAUACCUUAUGAAAACUUAUGCGGGCCAAAAACAAUAAAUAUGACAGGACUUGUGCGGGCCAAAAGAAAAUUGGACAGCUGGGAAAGUUAUGAAGAAAAUAAUAAGAAUAAAGAAUAUUUAGUUACUUCGCGUGCCGCAAAGUGGGUGCUGGCGGGCCACUUGUUGCCGGGGGGGGGGGGCGUAUGGUGUGCAGGCCUGGAUUAAAUCAUGGACUUUAAAAAUGCAUAAUUCUAAAAUUCAAUAGAUUAAAUAUUUUUUUUUAAAUCGAUUUUUUUUUAAAUCGUAUGUUCCGAGACAGAAAAUAUAUUGCAUCUGCAUCACAAUGACCAAGUUACAUUUGAUUGUUCAUAAAGAAAAGAAAGGUUUCGGGUCACGUGAUUUCUGCUUCUCAUGAAACAAAUCCUACUUCCCUAAAACAGUAUGUUUGUUUUGUUUUGUUUUUUCGAAAUGGGAACAAAAAAAUGAUGUUUGUUCUUUUACUCCACACAGAUAUAGAUAAAGCUUGCAUUCAAGCCAACAAGCUGAAAGCUAUUUUGACUCACUGCGCAAUGGACCCUUCUAAAUACGGGCUCUUGACGUGCAAGGGUCCUAAUCCUAUGGAACAAUGCCCCACCGGGUCAUCGUGUGUGGUCGACGGUAAAGGUGAAAACAUGUGUUGCCAUGGCACGUUGGUCGACGAAGUGAGACCCGGAGUGUGCCCCGUGCCUACGGUUAGUGUGUGCCCGUGCCUACGGUUAGUGUGUGCCCCGUGCCUACGGUUAGUGGGGGGGGCCCGUACGUACGCUUAGUGUCGCCCCGAGCCUGCGUUUAGUUUAGUGUGUGCCCCGUGCCUACGGUUAGUGUGUGCCCGUACCUACGGUUGGUGCCUAUGUCCUUUUGUUCCUACUAUAAGUAUCUGACGAGUCAUUCUAGUAAAAAAUCGUUCAAAAGUUUCUUGUUCUGAAUGAAAAGUAAAACUACCAAAUUAUAUCAAUCCUUUACAAUUAUUCUGUACAUCGGAAGGUUCUUUUUUAAAGUCUCGCCUGAUUAAACGUGCUCUGGUGCACACCUCUUCAAUUGAGUCACUUCCCUAAUAUAGUAGAGCCUUAAGAACAGGCAUCUAGUUUCAUACACCUGCUAACGUGUUCAUUAUUUAAGGCAAGUGCUUCCCUAAUACAGUAGAGUGUAGAGCUUUAAUCACGGGACAUUUAGUUUCAUAUAUCUGCUAAUGUCUUUGUCAUUUAAGGCAACUGUUGUCCAUGACCAUAAAGCCUGCCUCUGGGACCAAGAAUGUGGACCUGACCAAAAGUGCUGUGAAGGUCCGACUGGAGUCAAGCUGUGCAUACAGCCAAUCGUCCCAGCGAUCUGUCCGGUCCGCUGUCCAGAUGGUCAUUUGAACAUUUUAAUAUGUUUUAUUUGAUAGAACUUUAUAGAAUUUGAAUGUAAUAUUAUUAUAACAAAAAAUCGCAACAUUUGUGUGUGUGUGUGUGUCAAAGCCACGAUAUCCAAACCACGGUUUUAUUUUAUAUAACUUUAUGAACACGGUUAUCUUCGCAUGGGUUAAGAUUUUUGACAAUUAGAUUUAUUUAUCUAAAAAAAUAUAUUAAAAAAUUAUUGUAUUUUUUUUUUCUCAUCUUUUAUGUUAUUCUGAUUUCAGGAUACACAUGCUUACUGAAAACUCCACCUUGCCCAAACGGAAAGCCGUGUGAAGAGUCUUUACCUCCAGUGUGUGUUGCCGAGAAUUGCACCCGGUGCGGUGAUGAAGAGAUUUGCGCGAAGGUUGGACAGGAUUGUUUCCCAGGGAGGGCUAACGAGGGUCGGAGUACAGAAUGCCUUGACUUGUUUGAGUGUCGAGAGGUUAGUCCUUUACCUUACAAAGUAGGUACAUAAUAACAUUCUUUCAUUGGAGUGUCAAGUGCCGGAAGUAAAAUUAAAAUCGGACGCAAAAAUCAGAAAAAAAAAAGUGAUAGCAUGAUUAACAUAAUGAUACAAUACCUGCAAUAAAUCACAAAUUAAUGGGAAUUAAAAGUAAUUUCCAGAGAAAACGACAUAAUCUACCUUUAAGUAUAAUCUACCUUUAACCAUAAUCUAAUUGUAUGGAUUACCUAUAAUCUACCUUUACCCGAGGCUCUCUAGCACAGACAAGAUCGAUUUAUUCUUAUUCAAACGUUGUUGAGGUAUGUGUAUAGUGUUUCAAGGAUAGGAACCACUUUGCACGCACACGCACAGGCGUGUAGGGUAAUGCUUUAUUUUAAAGGAAAUCAAAAUACAUAUUAAAACGGUUUCACAAGAAGAAAAAAAAACGUUAAUCAUUUAACAUGAUUUCACCAUAUUACCUAAAGAUAUAUCGGAAACGAGAGAAAGAGAGAAGGAGAAUGAGAGAGAGAGAGAGAAAGAGCGAGAGAGAGAAAGAAAGAGAGAGAGAGAGAGCGAGAGAUCGCGCGAAGAGAAAGAUGGGAAGAUAAAAGGAGGGAGAGAGAGAGAAAGAGAAAAAAAAAUGGAAGAGGGAGAAUGAACGAAGACAGAUUGUUAGAUGCUUAAAAUGAAAUCCAAUGUCUGAAUUAAAACAUUUGAUUCAGAUGUACUUAACAAUCUUAUCAGAGGCUUUUUUUUCCUAUCAUUUUCUUUUAAACUUCAAGUUUUUUUUUUUGUAUAGUUCAUUUAAAGCUAAUAAGACAGCGGUCCUGAACCUUUUUGGAACAAGCGUCCGGGUUUGGUGGCAGACAAGUUUAAUACAGUUCCCCGUGUUGUGGUUACCCCACAACCAUAAAGUUAUUUUCGUUGCUACUUCAUAACUGUAGGGUACAUGUGUUUUCCGAUGGUCGUAGGUGACCCCUAUGAAAGGGUCGUUCGAUCCCCAAAGGGGUCGCGACCCACAAGGUUGAGAACCGCUGGUCUGAAAAUAACAUUCUUUCAUUGAAAUUUUAACCGUAAACAUCUUAAGAUCAUACUCUAAGUAACUAGAAUAUCGUGCGCCUCUAUUCAUUUACUUACGAUAUUCUAGAUAAGUAAUUUUAAAUUAAAUUAUCUGCAUUUUAAUUGUUCCCAUUAGAAAAAUGAAACGGGCCAAUGUGGAGGUUGUCGAGAAGACCAGGUCUGCAUCGAUACCGGUAUCGUCUGCGUCACAGGACCUUGUCCAGUUUACAAGUGUGUGGCCAACAAUUCGUGUGGCGGCUGUCGAGAUAACGAAGUCUGUUUAGAAUCGAGUACGACUUGUGAAUCAUGCAGGACUCACACUUGUCAGCCCAGAGAUCUUUGUGGUGGCUGCGCGCCGGGAGAGACGUGCUUGGAGCUAUACAACCCGUGUAGCAUCUCUGAAGAUUGUCAGCUGCUGAUCGAGGCCGACGCGAGUGCCAUCUGCGAUCUGUUUUUGUGUGAUACUGAGCCUACCCGACAGUGCGUCAUAAAUACGACUAAUUAUGAAGUAGUGGUGAGUUAAAAUCAGUUUAUUAUAUAUUGUAUACACAUUUGAUGCGACAGAUUAAAUAUUUUUUUUUAGAUUAACGAAGCGAACUCGAAAUCCAACAAGAAAUGCAACAUUUGGAAAGGCUUUCCUUUUUUCAGAAUAUGCAUCGUCUUCCCAUUCAAUUUGGUCAAAAAAAUUAAAAAGCACCAGUGAAGCAUUGCCAGAAAUACAGAGCUGGUUGUAGAGUUUAAUUGAAUUAUAGAUUAUAUUUUUUUUUUUAAUUGUUUUUACAACAAAAAAAAAACAUAACUUUGUAGCAAAGAAUGUGUUUUAGAGCAUUACAUGAUAGAAAAUAAUUAAAUAUUCUUAAAAUGCAUUACAAAAACAAAGAAAAAUUAUUAUAUAUUUACAAAAAAAAUUAAAAAGAACCAGUGAAGCAUUGCCAAAAAUACAGAGCUGGUUGUAGAGUUUAAUUGAAUUAUAGAUUAUAUUUUUUUUUUUUAAUUGUUUUUACAACAAAAAAAAAACAUGACUUUGUAGCAAAGAAUGUGUUUUAGAGCAUUAAAUGAUAGAAAAUAAUUAAAUAUUCUUAAAAUGCAUUACAAAAACAAAGAAAAAUUAUUAUAUAUUUACGGAGCUGAGCAUUCUAUGUAGCCACAGGUUUCGGAAUGAAUGCUGACGCAACUUGAAGUUGUUUUAUCUAUUAAUUUUUCUAGGGUUUUGUCUCUACUGGAAUUUCCGUCGCGUAUGACGAGAGUUCUUUUUGUUUACACACUCACUAAGGGAACUCGCUAUCACGUCAUCACCUGUAAGUUCGCCUCCAAGUCAGGAAAACAUCGGGUCUGCUUCGUUCAGAGCAUGACGGGAGAUUUAUGACCGGGGGGGGGGGGAGUGAGGGUCUCUAAGGUCCUGUGGGCGCCGUUGCACUUUGGGGAUUUUGAAAAGGAAAAACUAAAUAAUACUGCUUUGAUAAUAUCAAAAUUUAAAUUUGGAAAACUGAAAAGAGGCAAAUAAAAAAAAUAAUAAUAACACUUUUAAAUAAAGACUUUCAAUCAAAGACGAAUGUAACCACUGAAAAGCAGAAAAUAAUUCCGCAAAGAUAGUCGGAUUUAAAUAUGUUUAAAAUAAAAAUAAAAAUAUGUAUUUGUCAGACUUUCUUAGCGCAAUGCAUCUGAAUAAUAUUUAAGUGUUUUCUCAUUUUUAGUGGUUUAGUGUGAUAGAUUGUUUUAUAUUUCUAUUUGCUACUUCGUAUCAUUAAAAAAUUUUGAUAGCGUUACAUCGACAAAAGUAGUGUUUUUUUCUUUUAUUUAAAUCCCUAAAACUCUACUCCUCUUAUAGGAGCGCGCCUACCCACCCUCCGUGAAACGAAGAAGACGCGAUGUUGACACUAUUCAGUUGCAACGAGAUCAUCAAUAGAUUUCGGGUGAUAACUUCACAAGAAAACGAUAAACUGACCGAAAACGUCACGUUUGUUCAAUAAAAAAAUAAUAAAACUCUUUAACAAGAGGGCUCUAUCUUUUUUUUUUUACAUACUUUAAUUAUUGGUUUUUUCCUUUUAAAUGAAUCUUUAUUUUUCUCACAAGCCCAUCACUGCCUGUGGAAGAUGUUCCCCCGGUCUGGUCUGCGUGGACACGUUGAUCCGCUGUGUCAAACCUCCGUGCCCCACCUACAAAUGCGUAACGCCCGAGCCCGGCUUGUGCCGACUUCAGUGCGACAUAAACUCCACGUGCCAUUUUGUGACGCCCGAAUGCAUCGCCGAAACCAGCCCGCGUCUCUGCAACUGGACGCCUACUCAGCGAUGCAUCCCUGAAGACAAGACCGAGAGCACAUGCCCAACGCCCUCAAUGUACUAUAAAAAUGACACGAGCACAUGCGAUCUGGAAGCUCGGAAGAUGAUCUCUUGUGAAGAAAAUGGGAUCUGUCCGGAAAACAUGCAAUGCUGUCUGUCAAAAUGCAAAAGAUACAUUUGUAUCCCAAACUAAUUCACCCGGAACUGACCGUGGAACAUUUGAUGAGCUUUCGAGGGGCUCAAAUAGGGAUUGGACGUAUGGACCCCAUUUUUGUCUAAAUCUUGGAACUACUUUGAUGAAACAUGUGCCGUGGAAAGGCAUUGAUUGACAUUAAUAAAGAAAUGGAGACAU